GGGUGCGCCCCAGCCAUGUCGUUCCGUAAGGUGGUGCGACAGAGCAAAUUCCGGCAUGUCUUUGGGCAGCCAGUGAAGACCGACCAGUGCUACGAUGACAUCCGCGUCUCCCGGGUCACCUGGGACAGCACCUUCUGCGCCGUCAACCCCUCCUUCGUGGCCAUCAUCGUGGAGGCCAGCGGUGGAGGAGCCUUCCUGGUGCUGCCCCUGCACAAGACCGGCCGCAUUGAUAAGUCGUACCCCACUGUGUGUGGGCACACAGGCCCUGUGCUAGACAUCGAGUGGUGCCCGCACAACGACCAUGUCAUUGCCAGCGGCUCAGAGGACUGCACCGUCAUGGUGUGGCAGGUGCCCGAGGGGGGUCUCGUGCAGCCGCUCACGGAGCCAGUGGUGGUGCUGGAGGGGCACUCAAAGCGCGUGGGCAUCAUCUCCUGGCACCCCACGGCCCGCAACGUGCUGCUCAGUGCAGGUUGUGACAACGUGGUGCUGAUCUGGAACGUGGGGACCGGGGAGAUGCUGUGGCGCCUGGAGGACAUGCACACCGACCUCAUCUACAACGUGGGCUGGAACCGCAAUGGCAGCCUCCUGUGCACCACCUGCAAGGACAAGAAGGUGCGCGUCAUCGACCCCCGCCGCGGCACUGUGCUGCUGGAGAAGGAGCGGGCGCACGAGGGUGCGCGCCCCAUGCGCGCCAUCUUCCUGGCUGAUGGCAAGAUCUUCACCACCGGCUUCAGCCGCAUGAGUGAGCGGCAGCUGGCGCUGUGGGACACGGAGAACCUGGAGGAGCCCAUGGGUCUGCAGGAGCUGGACUCUAGCAAUGGGGCCCUGCUGCCCUUCUACGACCCCGACACCAAUGUGGUCUACGUCUGUGGCAAAGGCGACUCGAGCAUCCGCUACUUUGAGAUCACAGAUGAGUCCCCCUACGUGCACUACCUCAACACCUUCAGCAGCAAAGAGCCGCAGCGUGGCAUGGGCUUCAUGCCCAAGAGGGGGCUGGAUGUCAGCAAGUGUGAGAUUGCCAGGUUCUUCAAGCUUCACGAGCGGAAAUGUGAGCCCAUCAUCAUGACGGUGCCACGAAAGUCGGACCUCUUCCAGGACGACCUGUACCCUGACACAGCCGGCCCGGAGGCAGCGCUGGAAGCAGAGGAGUGGGUGGCGGGGCAGACGGCGGGGCCGCUGCUGGUGUCCCUGCGCCAGGCCUACGUCCCCAGCAAGCAGCGGGAGCUGAAGGUGAACCGUCACUCCCUGCUGCACGACGGCCGCUCCACCGCCACCUCACCGGCGUCCAGCACCCCCAACCCCGCCGGCACAGGCAGCACCGGCAGCUCCCGUCUCAGCGCUCCGCCGGCUCUGGGCACCGGGACCGCCAUCCCCGCGGCGGGUGGGCGGCUGGACGAGGUGCUGCAGGAGGUGGCGGCGCUGCGGGCGCUGGUGGCGGAGCAAGGUCAGCGCAUCGCCCGCCUGGAGGAGCAGCUCAGCCGCCUGGAGAACGGACAUGUCUAGGGGCGGAUCGACCCCCCCCACACACUGACUGCGUGGGGGCUGCCCCCCCCCCUCGCGACCGGGGACCACGCCUCCAUCCGCUGACCCUCCUCCUGUCCUCCCCUGGGGUUCUAUUCUGUCCCCCAGGGAUCGCGUCUGCCGCCCUCCCCCCGACACUCAGGGUCCUCAAUCCCCCUCCCCCCCCCGCAUCCCCGCUUGGUGCCCCUCGUUCCAGCUACCCAGCUGUCCCCCUCCCCCCGGCAGCGCCCUCCUCACUCCUACUGCCUUACUGGGUGCUGCCCACCUGUGGAUCGUGGACCACUUUGCCCCCUGCCGCCCCGCAGUGGCCCUCAAGGGUUAUUCGGGAGGUCCUUGGGAUCAAACACUAAAGACCCUCGUGCCCCCGGGGUCGGGUAGGGUCAUCUCCCUUUACCGUGUGGCACAGCCGUGGGAUCCCCCUUCCCCUUUGCCCUUCCUCCAGGGCAGGGUUCAAAUCUAUAUUUUCACUCCAAAUAAAGCUCUUUAUAAUAAA